UAUGAAUCACAGCAGUGGUUUAAUGGACUCUGUUACUCAUAUUUCCGAGAUCCCCACCUGGUCAGCAGGCAGUGGGGAUGCGACAAAGCGUAUAACAGCAGACGCCCUUUCCCUUCGAUCUCAUACGCAUCGAAUCUUCAUUCUCAUUCAAUGGUCUAUCUUGUCAAUUAAAUCGCCUUGCCACCUUCAACUCUGCAUCCCAACACAAUGGAGGCGUUCCAAAGAACAUUUACGAAAUGCAGAGCUGAAAGCCGCGCAGCCCUGAUCACCUACGUUACAGCCGGAUAUCCCACCGUUAAAGGGACACCGGGAAUCAUGCUCGGCCUGCAGGCCGGUGGCGCAGAUAUUAUUGAGCUUGGGGUCCCGUUUACAGAUCCGCUCACUGACGGCGUCGUUAUUCAACGGUCAAACGCUCAAGCCCUCGAGAACGGUGUUGACAUCCACUGCAUCCUGCAGAUCGUCGGAACCGCGCGCGCGCAGGGUCUGACUGUCCCGGUUCUCCUGAUGGGCUAUUAUAACCCCGUCCGGGCGUAUGGGGAAGAAAGGCUGUUGCUGGAUAGUAAGUCCGCAGGGGUGAAUGGGUUCAUUGUUGUUGAUCUUCCGCCAGAGGAGGCCUUGCGGUUUCGGACUGCUUGUAAGAGAGAAGGCCUUUCGUAUAUCCCGCUAGUUGCGCCGUCGACAACGGAUGAUCGGAUGGAUAUGCUGUGCGGUAUCGCCGAUUCAUUCGUCUAUGUUGUUUCGCGGAUGGGGGUUACCGGGGCCAGCAGGUCGCUGGCUGGAAACUUGAGCGAUCUACUUGGUCGUGUGCAUGCUCGCACUGGAGAUCGUAUUCCUGCAGUUGUGGGAUUCGGGAUCAACACUCGGGAGCAGUUUAGCGAAGUGGCUCGAAUCGCCCAGGGCGUGGUCAUCGGCAGCCACAUAAUCAUGCUCAUUGGGGAAGCGUCUCCAGGCACUGAGCCACAGGCUGUGAAAGAGUAUUGUCUUCACGUUGCAGGGCGCACCCAGGAUCAAAUCGCCAUUCAUCCUAUGAUCGAAGUUGACGAAUCCUCCGCCUCGGAGUCUGCUUCCCACGAAACCACAGAACAUCCCGGCACAGACAAAGAGGCCCGCUUCACGGAUAGACACACCCAAUUCGGGGGAUUCGGCGGCCAGUACGUCCCCGAGGUUCUCAUGGAAUGCCUGACCGAGCUGGAGAAGGGCUUCAACGAGGCCGACGCAGACCCGGGCUUCUGGGAAGAGGUUCGAUCCUACGCUGCCUACACCAACCGACCGUCAUCGCUGCACCUGGCACACCGGCUAACCGAGCACGCCGGCGGAGCCCGCAUCUGGCUCAAACGCGAAGACCUGAAUCACACCGGAAGCCACAAGAUCACCAACGCGCUGGGCCAGAUCCUGCUGGCCCGCCGACUGGGCAAGACCGCCAUCAUCGCCGAGACAGGCGCCGGCCAGCACGGCGUCGCCACCGCCACGGUCUGCGCGCUCUUCGGCAUGAAAUGCACCAUCUUCAUGGGGUCGGAGGACACGCGCCGCCAGGCCCUCAACGUCUUCCGCAUGAAACUCCUCGGUGCCACCGUCGUCCCCGUCCCCGGCAAGCACGCCAAGCACGGCGGUGGCACGCUUCUCGAUGCCGUGAACCAGGCGUUCCGGACGUGGGUGACCGAUCUGCACUCGACGCACUUCAUCAUCGGCUCGGUCUUCGGGCCUCACCCGUACCCGACGAUCGUGCGCACCUUCCAAUCCGUCAUCGGCGCCGAGACGCGCGAGCAGUUCGCCCACCUCAACGCCAACCGUCUUCCAGACGCCGUCAUGGCCUGCGUCGGCGGCGGCUCCAACGCAUCCGGCCUGUUCGCCCCGUUCUCGCAGGACCCGUCCGUCCAGCUGAUCGGCGUCGAGGCCGGCGGUGCAAACACCUCGGCUGGCAACCACUCCGCGACGCUGGGCUACGGGUCGAUUGGCGUUCUGCACGGCGUGCGCACGUACGUUCUGCAAGACGAACAUGGCCAGAUCGCCCCGAUGCGAUCGAUCUCCGCGGGCCUGGACUAUCCCGGCGUGGGGCCGGAGUUGGCCGGCUGGAAGGAAUCGCAACGGGCGAGGUUCAUCACCGCGGAUGACCGCGACGCCUUGGAUGCCUUCUCGCUGCUGAGCAGGCUGGAGGGGAUCACGCCGGCUUUGGAGAGUGCGCAUGCUGUUGCGGGGGCCGUCCGUGUGGCGAAGGAGCUGGGACGAGGCAAGGAUGUUGUUGUUUGUUUGAGUGGGAGAGGGGAUAAGGAUGUUCAGACUGUGGCGGCUCUUCUUGAUGAGCUCUGAUUUUGUGCGCGUGGGAUUUCUUAUGUUGCGUAUUCAAUGCAUUGGGGGGUCUUUCAAAUGGCUUCACGUCCGGCGCUUGAUGCGAUCCCCCGCAGGUCAAGACCAUUCAAGGAACACUUAUUCACCUGGACUCCAGAAGACAGGAAGCAACCAGAGAAUAUCCCCACCCCAAUGCAUGUACUCUAGCACAGCAAUCACAUUGAUUUAAUAAUCUCCCAACCCAUAAUACAACACCA